AUGUCGGCACCUACAAAACUAAAAAUUUCCUUCGGUGCAAAAAAGCCUGAACCGCCACCAGAGGAAGCCCCCAAACCACCAGCUCGGCAGAAAAAGCUUACCCUCAAAUUCGGCGGCACCAAACCAUCAGAAGAACCCGCCCCUGCCGCUGUUGAAACCACUGCAACGAAGCCAAAGAAAAAGCGACCUACAAAACCCAAAACAGAUGCGGGAUCUUCAAAGAAACGACCAAACGAUGCAGGAUCAGGGGACGACUCGGAUGCAACGGCACCUGCUCCAGUCCAAGCAAAACCAACGGGCAUCAAACGCAUCAAGUUCUUAACCACUGCAAAAGAAUCAGUCGUAAAAUCCAUCAAAAUCAAAAACAAACGAAAAGUGGCGAUUCGUCCGUUGGGUGUUGGAUAUGAUUCCGAAGCGUCUGAUCUGGAAACGGAUCCUCAUAUUGAAGAAGAUUUUAUCUUGCGCAUGGUGCCGGGAGAUGACUGCGAGUAUAUCCGACAAGCCAUCAACGAGCGGCAUCUUGAUAGAUCGCAGAUUGGCAUCAAACCACUUACACGUGAGGGAAGACGGGCGAUUGUUAGGGUUCGCGAGAGACAAUAUGCGGCUACACUGGUGGAUCUUCCGUGUAUCAUUGAGGGAAUGAAGAGCUGGGAUAAACGCAUGUUUUUCAAGUCGGUCGAUAUUACGCAAAUGUUGCUGGUUUUGGGGCCGGUUCAGAAUGAGCAGGAAGCGAUGGAGUACCCGUUGCCAAAAGAUGUGGAGGUUUUGGAUGACAAGACAUAUCAGUAUGCACAUGGUAUUACGCCACCGAUGAAAUACGUGAGGAAGAGACGGUUUCGCAAGCGAGUUAGUGCGCGGACUAUCGAGCAAGCGGAGAAAGAAGUUGCAAAUCUAUUAGCACAGGAUGAGGUUGCUUUACGUCCACCUAAAUUUGAGCUUGUUGACGCCACGUCUCUUUCACGCGCUGAAGGUGUGGUUGAUUAUGAGGACGAAUAUGAUGAUGAGCAAGAUGCGUACGGCGAGGCUGAUUACGAUAUGCACGACGAAGACGAUGGGCAGGCAGAUCUGUUCGAAGAUGAACUGGCCGGAGAAUUAGAGGCAGCGCUGGCUGCAGGUGCCGACGAGACACUAGACAUGCCAGGAACGCCGGCUGCACUAGCUCCAGAAGAAUCCGCCACUCCAUCAGGAGCAAAACCUGGUGAUGAGUCUUCAGGAGACGAAAGCGAGGAAAGUGAUCGUGACGCCGAUGGUGAAGCUGACGGGGAGGACGAUGAGGAUAUGGAUGAAGGAGCUCUUGAACGGCGUCGUGAAAUCCAGGAACAGCGCGAAUUCAUCACUGAGUUGGAAGGCCUGAUUGCACAAGAAACUGCCAAAUACGAGAUGCAGAUGAACAAGAUUCUUAAGCAGAAGAUUGGCAAACGUGUGCAGCAGUUGAAGCAGGAUCUGGCGUUGAAAAAGGCAUCUAUUGGGGAGACCGAGGGAGAAGCCUCUUGA